GGAAGUCUGUCCAUGGACCACAGAACUUUGAGGGGAAGAGAACAAAACCAGAUCCAACAAGACCUGAACUCAGAUCCAACAGGACCUGGAUUCAGGUCCAGCAGGACAGGGACUCAGAUCCAGCAGGACAGGUAGAAACAGGUACACGAUAAGGAUGAAGAGACUUGAAGCCAAAAUGAGCAGAAGGAAUUCUCCUUUGGACCUUUGGGCGAUCAACAAGGGGAGCGCAGCAGUUCUGAAAAGAACUGAUCAGCUGAGAGCAUCAUGUCUGAAGCGGUUACGGGGCAGUGCAGACGCCUGGGAGUUUCUCCGCCAUGCCAAUAUGUCGCCUCUGCUGCCCCCUGUUGGUGCAGAGGUGUUCAGACGCUUCACGCCAGCCUCUCUAGAAGAAAUCCAGCGAAGACAAGCAGCCAAGCAGCAUGAAGCCGAACAACCGAAGCCAGAACAGAAGAAAGCGGAGCGCAGUGAGGAAGCAGAAGAAAAUCUUCCUCAACCUGCCAGUGAUCUGGAGGCUGGGAAGCCCCUCCCCUUCAUCUUUGGAGACCCGCCUCCUGAGCUUCUCAACACCCCAUUGGAGGAGCUGGAUCCCUUCUACCAAUCACAGAAGACUUUCAUCGUGCUCAGUAAGGGAAACAUCAUCUACAGGUUCAACGCUGAGCCGGCGUGUUACCUGCUCAGUCCGUUCAACCCUCUAAGGACGUUCUCUAUCAAGAUCCUCAUCCAUUCAUAUCCUUAAAGUUUGUUCAUCAUGCUGACCAUUCUGACCAACUGUGUGUUCAUGACGAUGAGCAAUCCUCCUGCAUGGAGCAAGACUGUCGAAUACGUCUUCACCGCCAUCUACACAUUUGAGGCAACCGUCAAAAUUCUGGCCCGUGGAUUCUGCGUAGGGGGGUUCACCUUCCUCAGAGACCCCUGGAACUGGCUGGACUUCAUGGUCAUCAGCAUGGCAUAUUUGACGGAGUUUGUCGAUUUGGGGAAUGUUUCUGCGUUGAGGACGUUCAGAGUUCUUCGAGCCCUGAAAACCAUCACAGUAAUCCCCGGUUUGAAGACGAUUGUCGGCGCUCUCAUCCAGUCAGUGAAGAAGAUGGGCGACGUCAUGAUUCUGACCGUGUUCUGCCUCAGCGUCUUUGCUCUGAUUGGACUUCAGCUUUUCAUGGGAAACCUGAAACAGAAAUGUGUUCUGAUGCCACCGCUGAACACGUCGGCCGAAGCCCUCAAUGCCAGUUUCUAUGGCAACGACACCUACGACAGCAACAGCACUCACUUUGAUUACGACAAGUACAUUAACAACCCAGAGAAUCAUUACUACCUGCCAGGACAACUUGAUGCUCUGCUGUGUGGAAACAGCUCUGAUUCUGGAGUAUGUCCUGAUGGAUACAUCUGUCUGAAGGCCGGGAGGAACCCAAACUACGGCUACACCAGCUACGACUCCUUCAGUUGGGCAUUUCUGGCUCUGUUCAGACUCAUGACCCAGGACUACUGGGAGAACCUGUUCCACCUGACGCUGCGAGCAGCAGGUAAAACCUACAUGAUCUUCUUCGUGUUGGUCAUCUUCCUCGGUUCGUUCUACCUCAUCAACCUCAUCCUAGCUGUGGUCGCCAUGGCCUACGCUGAGCAGAACGCAGCCACCAUAGCUGAAGCCAAAGAGAAGGAGGAGGAGUAUGCUCAGAUCUUGGAGGCGCUGAAGAGGAGAGAGGAGGAGCUGGCAGCCAACGGGGCGACACUCUUAAAGAAACAAGACGAGCAGGAACACGCGGCUAUGAAUGACUUCGAGGAGGACCAGAGGCCAUGUCCUCCAUGCUGGUAUUCAUUUGCUGACAUCUUCCUCAAGUGGAACUGCUGUGGCUGUUGGAGAUGGCUGAAACAACUGUUGUACACCAUCGUCAUGGAUCCUUUUGUCGAUCUCGCUAUCACCAUCUGCAUCGUCCUCAACACAGUCUUCAUGGCCAUGGAGCAUUACCCAAUGACCGUAGAGUUUGAGGAGCUGCUGAGCAUAGGAAAUCUGGUCUUUACAGGAAUCUUCACAGCUGAGAUGGUCCUCAAGCUUCUUGCGAUGGACCCAUAUCACUACUUCCAGGUUGGCUGGAACAUCUUUGACAGCAUCAUUGUCACCAUGAGUCUGGUCGAGCUGGGUCUGGCUAAUGUACAGGGUCUGUCUGUGCUUCGCUCCUUCCGAUUGAUGCGAGUGUUUAAACUGGCCAAAUCGUGGCCCACGCUCAACAUGUUGAUAAAGAUUAUCGGGAACUCAGUGGGGGCUCUGGGGAACCUGACGCUGGUUCUUGCCAUCAUCGUCUUCAUCUUUGCUGUCGUUGGCAUGCAGCUGUUUGGAAAGAGCUAUAAUGACUGCGUCUGCCGCAUUUCAGAGGACUGCGAGCUUCCACGCUGGCACAUGAACGACUUCUUUCACGCCUUCCUCAUCAUCUUCAGGAUCCUGUGUGGCGAGUGGAUAGAGACCAUGUGGGACUGCAUGGAGGUUGCGGGUCCAGCCAUGUGUCUAAUCGUCUUCAUGAUGGUGCUGGUCAUUGGGAACCUGGUGGUCCUGAAUCUGUUCCUGGCCCUGCUGCUGAGCUCGUUCAGUGGUGACAAUCUCUCAGGUUCAGAGGAUGAAGGAGAAAACAAUCUGCAGAUCGCCAUCAACCGGAUUAGCAGAGCUGUGGCCUGGAUCAAGGAACAUAUCUGGGCUCUGCUGGGGAAGAAGGCAACGAAGAACUCAGACCACACGGCUGAAAAGACAGAGGAAGACGAUGCAAUGAAGGAGGUUUUACCUCUGACCGUGGUGACCUCAGAGCAGCCAAUAACACAAAUCACAGCUCCCAGCAGUAACCCAACCAGCUGCUAUCAAAGCAUCGUAUCCCUGAAGGUCCCCAUCGCUAAGGCUGAAUCUGACCCCGAGACAUCUGAAGAUGAUGAGGACGAGGACGUAGAGCAGCUCUCAAAAGGCAAGGAAUCGUCAGUCUGCAGCACUGUGCAACAAGCUCCUGAAAAGAGCGAAGAAAAAAAAGAAGAUGAAGAUACUCCUGAGGACUGCUGCACUGAAAAGUGUUACAGUCGCUGCCCAUGCCUGGACAUAGACACAUCCCAGAGCAGAGGAAAGAUGUGGUUUAACCUCAGAAAAACCUGUUUCUCCAUCGUAGAGCACAACUACUUUGAGACAUUCAUCAUCUUUAUGAUCCUGCUGAGCAGUGGAGCUCUGGCAUUUGAGGACAUCUACAUGGAGCAGCGUCGGGUCAUCAAGGUCAUUCUGGAGUACGCAGAUCAGGUGUUCACCUACGUGUUCGUGCUGGAAAUGCUUCUCAAGUGGGUUGCGUAUGGAUUUAAGACGUACUUCACCAACGCCUGGUGCUGGCUGGAUUUCCUCAUCGUAGAUGUGUCACUGGUGUCUCUGACGGCAAACCUCCUGGGAUACUCUGAGCUGGGAGCAAUCAAAUCCCUGAGGACUCUGAGAGCACUGAGACCCUUGAGGGCCCUGUCUCGCUUUGAGGGCAUGAGGGUGGUGGUGAAUGCAUUGGUUGGAGCCAUCCCCUCCAUCUUCAACGUCAUGCUGGUGUGUCUGAUCUUCUGGCUGAUCUUCAGCAUCAUGGGCGUGAACCUGUUCGCAGGGAAGUUUUACUACUGUUUCAACGAGACGUCAGAGGAGCUGUUCACCGCUGACCAGGUCAACAAUAAGACCGAAUGCUUCGCUCUGAUUCAGGAAAACUUCACCGAGGUCCGCUGGAAGAACGCCAAGAUCAACUUUGACAAUGUGGGGAUGGGCUACCUGUCGCUGCUGCAAGUGGCCACCUUUAAAGGCUGGAUGGACAUCAUGUACGCAGCAGUGGACUCCAGACAGAUACAGUCACAGCCGGUGUAUGAGGACAACCUGUACAUGUACCUGUACUUUGUUAUCUUCAUCAUCUUUGGCUCAUUCUUCACCCUCAACCUCUUCAUCGGAGUCAUCAUCGACAACUUCAACCAGCAGAAAGCUAAGCUCGGAGGGACGGACAUCUUCAUGACUGAAGAGCAGAAGAAGUACUACAACGCCAUGAAGAAACUUGGCUCCAAGAAGCCUCAAAAACCCAUUCCUCGACCCAAGAACAAGUUUCAGGGUCUGGUCUUUGACCUGGUGACCCAGCAGGUUUUUGACAUCUUCAUCAUGGUGUUAAUAUGCCUCAACAUGGUGACGAUGAUGGUGGAAACAGACGAGCAGAGCGCUGAGAAGGAUAACAUCCUGUACUGGAUCAACCUCGUCUUCAUCAUCAUCUUCACCUCAGAGUGCAUUCUGAAGCUCAUCGCUCUCCGGCAGCACUACUUUGCUGUUGGUUGGAACAUCUUUGACUUUGUGGUGGUCAUACUGUCCAUCAUUGGUCUACUUCUCGCGGACAUCAUAGAGAAAUAUUUUGUUUCGCCCACUCUCUUCCGUGUGAUCCGAUUGGCUCGGAUCGGUCGCAUCCUUCGCCUCAUUCGUGGAGCCAAGGGAAUCCGAACGCUGCUGUUCGCCCUGAUGAUGUCACUUCCUGCCCUCUUCAACAUUGGCCUCCUACUUUUCCUCAUCAUGUUCAUCUUCUCUAUAUUUGGCAUGUCUAACUUUGCCUACGUAAAGAAGGAAGGCAUGAUCGACGACUUCUUCAACUUUGAGAACUUCGGGAACAGUAUGAUUUGUCUGUUUAUGAUCACCACGUCAGCGGGAUGGGACGGUCUGCUCAGUCCUAUCAUGAACACACCACCGGACUGCGACCCGGACUUUGAAAACCCAGGCUCAACUGUCAGAGGGAACUGUGGCAACCCUGGUGUGGGGAUCGUCUUCUUCACCUUGUACAUCAUCAUGUCCUUCCUGGUGGUGGUCAACAUGUAUAUCGCCAUCAUAUUGGAGAACUUUAAUGUGGCCACAGAGGAAAGCGCUGACCCACUGUCUGAGGACGACUUCGAAAUGUUCUAUGAAACCUGGGAGAAGUUCGACCCAAAGGCUUCACAGUUCUUACAUUACAGCAAGCUGUCAGACUUGUGUGACGCUCUGCAGGAUCCUCUGAGGAUUCCCAAACCCAACAUCGUCAAGUUAAUCCAGAUGGAUCUGCCCUUGGUUCCAGGAGACAAGAUCCAUUGUAUGGACAUCUUGCUAGCUCUCACUGGAGAGGUUUUGGGUGACGCAGUGGCGAUGGAUGCUUUGAAGACCAGCAUUGAAGAGAAAUAUAUGGCCAACAAUCCCUCAAAGAAGUUGUAUGAACCAGUAAUUAGCACCCUGAGGACAAAACAGGAAGAUGUUUCAGCGACAGUGAUCCAGAGAGCGUACAGGAGGCGCCUCCUGCAGCGCGCCAUCAAACUAGCAUCCUACAAGUAUAGAGAGAAGACGAAGGGACGGCGAAACGAGCCGUCCCCACCAGAGACUGAAGGACUCAUCUGUAGGCAAAUCAGUCAGCUGUACGGAGACAAUGAGACAGAUUCUGGUGUUAGACAUGACGACUGUCCCAUCCAGGUGGAGCUUCAAAGGGAGUUCCUCCUCCACUCCGCUCCUCCGCUCAACGACCAAAGUUUUCUGAAAGAGGACAGUCUGAAGGAGUCAGUUGUGUGAUUUAAAAAGAUGAGGAAUGUUUUCUGUCAGAGGAGCAACAAGCCUAACCUGACUGUUAGCUUUGACUUUUCUGAGGAGUAAAAUAUCACCAGAGAUCUUGCAGAUCUAACGCCACUGAAGCCUCUUAAAGCUGCCGCUCCAUCUGCGGUGUUUGGUUCUUAACUUUCUAACAGAGCUUUUCCAGAAAACAUAAACUUUUUGAUGAACUUCUAACUCCAACAACUUUAAUCUGAAGACUCCUAAACUCAACAGCUUCAAUAUAGACUUCUAAACUCUGCUUCAAUCUGAAGACUCCUAUACCCAACAGCUUUAAUCUGAAGGCUCCUAAUCUCAACAGCUUCAAUCUGAAGACUCCUAAUCUCAACAGCUUCAAUCUGAAGUCUCCUAAACUCUGCUUCAAUCUGAAGACUCCUAAACCCAACAGUUUUAAUCUGAAGACUCCUAAUCUCAACAGUUUUAAUCUGAAGACUCCUAAACCCAACA